UUCGAAGGACUUUAGAAUGCCUAUACGAACUAGCUGGCUCCCAAAAUAGUGCAACACAACAACAUCCCCAAUUUAAAUGGAUCAAAUCCAAAUGGAACUUAAACAAGAAAAAGGAUACAUUUUGGCAUUUAAUACACAAGGCAUUACCCCUCGAGCAUUUUGUGCUAAAAUGUCUACUUAGCAGAAUCAUUUGGGAAUCGGCCUAUAAAGCGCUCAAGACAUUAGAUAAUGAAACAACUCCUUAUACACUAAUUGAUAUUUUUCAGGCAACCAAUAUCAAAGGUGACAAAAAACACGAAGCUGCAAUUUGGCUACACAUUAUUUGUGUAAUGGUGGGCCUUAAGGGUGGUAAAAAACCUAGCAAUGGCAAAACCAUUUAA